CUGCUUUUCUCUGUUCUUAAGGGCUCGAAGAUGUCAGGGAUUGCCUUGAAUCGCCUCUCACAGGAAAGAAAGGCAUGGAGGAAAGACCAUCCAUUUGGAUUUGUGGCUGUACCUGUGAAGAAUCCAGAUGGUACAAUGAACCUGAUGAAUUGGGAGUGUGCUAUUCCAGGCAAAAAAGGGACAACUUGGGAAGGAGGCUUAUUUAAACUCCGGGUGCUUUUUAAGGAUGACUAUCCAUCUUCACCACCAAAGUAUGAGAUUUUAAAUACCACUGACAAGGUCACAAUUCAUUGCUGAACUUUAAUUGCCCUUGAAAAGAUGAUGGUAAGCCACCUUUUUUUUUAUAGAUAUUUUUAUUAGAAAUUUAACAUUUU